CUAUCAUACACGGCCCAGUAAAUAGCUUCAGCGUCUGUGAGCGCAUAUGCUGCCGUCGAGUCGGGAACGCAUGCGCCGCCUUCUCCCGCCGCUCGCUGUCCACCCGCCGCCAUGCCUCCCAGCACCUCCUCCAACCGCCGGCGGCGGAAGCGCCCUCGCCAUCCCGGAGUUGAUUCCUCUCCUGGAACGGGCCAUCUCAAUGGGGGACGUGCUCCAUCUCGGCCGCGCGGUGCACGCGCACCUCGUCAAGACGGCGCUCACCAGCCAUACGCUCCUAUCAAAUCGUCUCGUCGCGCUCUACUCCUCGCUCCCGUCGCCGGCCGCUGCCGUCAAGGCCUUCUACGACCUUCCACACAAGAACGCGCACUCCUACAACACGCUUCUCGCUGCGCUCUUGCGCAGGCCGGACACCCUCCCCGACGCCUUCCGCCUGUUCGACACAAUGCCGGCCGACUCACGCAACCUCGUCUCCUACAACACCCUCAUGUCGUCCCUUGCGCACCACGGCCGGCAGGUGGAGGCGCUCCGCGUCGUUGCCCGGCUGGCCAGGGACAGGUUCUUGGGGCCAGGUUUAGCCAUGGAUCGGUUCACGGUGGUCAGCGUGGCGACUGCAUGUGCGGGAAUCGGAGCUGCGAGGCCGCUGCGGGAAAUGCACGGUGCGGUAGUGGUAUCAGGGAUGGAGUUCACCGUCAUCAUGGCCAAUGCCAUGUUGAACGCCUACAGCAAGGCUCGGAGGGUGGAAGAUGCGAGGCAUUUGUUCGAUCAGGUCAGCAUCCGAGACAAUGUCACUUGGACGUCGAUGAUUUCUGGGUACUGCCAAGUGAAGAAGCUCCAUGAGGCAGUGCAGGUGUUCGAUAUGAUGCCAGAUAAGGAUAGGAUUGCAUGGACAGCGCUGAUAUCUGGGCAUGAGCAGAAUGGAGAGGAGGACACCGCUCUUGAGCUUUUCGAACAGAUGCUGGCCAAGGGAGUAUCACCAACGCCUUUUGUCUUGGUGUCAGCUUUGGGUGCAUGUGCCAAACUUGGACUUGUCACACGUGGGAAGGAAUUGCACUGCUUCAUCUUACGCCGGAACAUUGGCUCUGUCCCUUUCAACAUUUUCAUCCACAAUGCACUCGUUGACAUGUACUCUAAGUGUGGAGACAUGAUGGCUGCGAUGGCAGUAUUUGACUGGAUGCCUGAGAGGGACUUUAUCUCUUGGAACUCAAUGGUCACGGGGUUCUCACAUAAUGGCCUCGGAAAGCAGUCACUUGCUAUUUUUGAGGAGAUGCUGGUAGCUGGAGUUCGUCCAACUCAUGUCACUUUCCUCGCUGUCCUCACGGCCUGCAGCCAUUCUGGUCUAGUAUCUAAUGGACGACUCGUUCUUGAAUCAAUGGAGGACCAUGGUGUUGAACCAAGGGCUGAACACUAUGCUGCCUUCAUUGAUGCUCUUGGUCGGAAUCACCAGCUGGAAGAAGCGACUGAGUUCAUCAAAGAUUUGCCAUCCAGGAUUGGUCCUGGUACAGCUGGAUCCUGGGGAGCUCUCCUAGGUGCAUGUCGCCUUCAUGGAAAUAUCGAGCUUGCAGAAGAAGUGGCAGAGUUUCUCUUCAGGUUAGAGCCUGGGAACAGUGGUCGGUAUGUCAUGAUGUCAAACAUCUAUGCAGCUGCAGGACAGUGGGAUGAUGCACGUCGAGUCAGGGGGCUCAUGAAGGAGAAGGGCCUUAAGAAGGAUCAGGCUUACAGUUGGAUUGAGGUGCGGAGUGCAAAGCAUGUAUUCGUUGCUGAUGACAUCUCUCAUUGCGAGGCAGACAAGAUAUAUGAGAUGUUGGGGAAGCUUCUCGACCAUAUGAGCGUAGCAGAGGAUCCUACUGAACACCAGCUUAAUUUUUGUUUAGACUUGAGUGGAACUGCCCAUGUAUAAAAGCAUUGCUCUUGUAUUGCUGGCACACUGCUAUGGUGAUGGUAGGCGAGGUUCGCUCCCUUGCCACCAGCAUCCUCGUGGCACUCUGUUAAGCUUUGUGAGACUGCAAAAUAGCUCGAGCCAAGGGCUUCUGUUCGUGCAGAGUUUUCAAUCUCCAGUUUGAGAGCUCAAGUGCUCAACGAGGUUUACCCAGAGAAUCAUCUGCAGUUGAUUCAACGUUCCAAGUCUUGGGUCAUGGUGUAAUCUGUCAGGCUUCAAUCACAGCAGAAGUUGCAAGAGUUUGAUCCAAUCCAGUUUGAGUUCCUUGAGUUCACAAUCCAAUAUUCAUGUGCCCUGUGCUGUCAGCUGAUCUUUCCCUUUUCAUAAAAAAAGAUUGUUUCCUGAGAAUGGUAAUUCUACGUUAGAAGGUUCAGAGAUUCUGAUUUAGUUUAAAUUGUAUAUGGUACCUGUUGGGGCUCUGACUUUGGAUAAACACAGUCCCCGGGGAGUUGAAGAACAAUUAUCUACUCUUUACUUGAUAUACAUUUUCAGGAGUAUCUUCGCUCAAAAAAGAAACAAAUAAUAUGGCGAAGGCGAAUGGUUACUUCACCUGAACACGAAGACUCAAAGCAGAGAUUGAAGUCAAAUCUUCCUCUUUGUCGGUGAUCAAGCGAAGCCACAAGAUAUACUUCGCCGAGAAGCGAAGUCAAAAUUGAACGAAGUUAGAUUAGUCCACUCCAAGGCAUGAUGCUUCUCUGACCAAGAUUAUCUUAGUUGAUGAUCAAGUGAACCAACAAUUGUCGAUGUUUCGAGUGAGUGUCUGACUAGUAAACUUGUGCUACACGUUUUAAGGCCGAGAUGGUGUGCAAGUAGGACACAAGGAUUAUACUGGUUUGAACGAAAUGUCACUACUACAGUCUUGUUAGCUUAUGCUAGCGGCACUAUAUUGCUUGUAGUAGGAGUUACAAGCUGGGCAGUAGGAGUUACAAGCUGGACGAGAGAGGGAAAAACUCGUAAGUCUCUGAUGCGAGUGUGUGUGUUCAUGUGUUGCCUCGUGUUCUCC